AUGGGGAGGAGAGAUGGAGGAGAGGCAGCAUCGACAACAAGAACGACAGGGCAGGAUACUGAAGGAGGACAAGGUGCGCUGCGAGGAGUAGGAGCGGGUGAAGCAGCCAGUGCAGAGGAAGGAAGAGGGAGCAGGAGAUCAGCGACGAACGAGAGCGAGCCUGUGAUCGCCUCCUCUUCGCUGUCUCCUAUCAGCUUCACUGGGUUCGUCGCCCGCUCUCACUCCUCCCUGUCCCCUGCCGCCAUCUCGCACAUCUCACCGGAGCACAAGUCAUUCAACGGACAGUCUCCAGGGCAGGACAACUCCAGCUCAUCACCAGCUUCCGUGGGCUCCUCCUACGCCGAAGCUGUGCUCUCGAGCCGCCUGCCCUCGCUCUUCCGGAAGAAACUCUCGCCGUCCCACACUCCUCAUUCCGACACCGAGGUGUCAGCGAUGAUGAUGAAUAGGAAGCUACUGAGAGACCUGAGACGAGAAAUAUCGCGAUAUGACGAUGACAACGACGAGUUGCUGCUGGCCAAGUCAACGCCCAACAACAUGAUCGGCAGCCAUCGCUCCCCUCAGUCGGAAGGCGCGGGCAGUCUUGCAGCCUAUCGCAACCUCUUCAAGCAGCAGCCUGCCAGCGUCUCCGCUCUUAACUUUGACAAGCUGAGAAGCGUCGACCAUGUGCACACGGCUAGAGUCAGCCCAGCGUGCAAGAGCGAAGUGACUCUGAGCUCUCCCCAGGAGACGGUUUCCUCCGUCUCCUCGCACCACGUCAAGCGGAUGAACCUGACGCCUCGAGAUCAUAUCGUCAAGUCCAUCUUGCAAGAUGACUCGGAAGAAGAGGACUCCUCGGAUGACUCCAACGAGCUCUUUCCCCGGUCAAGCACCUUCUCCAAGCGAUCAGGCAAGGCAUGGGAGCAACAGGCGCAUGCGGCAGCAGGGCAUCACUCGCAGUCAUCGAGGAGCCCACGGAGACGUCAAGACUUGAUCCCGCCUCAUAUGCGAAGUCGCUGGAGUGAACCACCCAACCCCAAGUCCGUCGGUCACUGGCAUGCGGGGGAAGCGAACACCUCGAUCAGUGUCGGUCACGCUGAGCAAGACGUCCUCUCCUCGCAAGCUUCUGCGGCAGGCUCUUCGAGGAAUGAGAUCGAGUUUGUUGGCAGCAUGCGAGACUACGUCGAGAGCGAAGCAGAGGAGGGGGAGAUCCUGCAGACGAGUGCAAACACAGAGGACGAGGCGUGGAGGGAGGAGGAACAUCGCUCUCCCGACUUAUCAAUGCAAUCGUUGAGAUCUCAGGAGGGGACUCAUCGAGCGGACGAGGAGCACGGGGAAGAGGAGAGGGAAGAUCAGACGCCGAACAAGACAAGAACAAACUUCGAGUCCAUAGAAGUCUCCUCCAAAGUUCCAACAGCAACCAUCAGCAGAGAUUCCAUGAAGCUCUUGUACACGGGCAUGAAUCAAGACGUUGAGUUCCUCAAGGCGGAGCUGGUGGGCGCCAAGGUGCAGGAGCCGAAGAGUUGGGCUGCUGGGAAAGCAAAGGGAGCUGACGACGCCUCGGGAUUCCCAGCGAUGGAGGAGAAGAGCAGCAGCAACGCGAUCGAGCACACAGACAGCCGACUGUGCAACACUCUCUCCCGCGGGCUGAACUCCGUCCUCAGCAGACGAGACGACAAGAUGUCCCUUGGCGCCUCCGAGCUGCAAGCGCGAUGCGCCAGCGCCUUGAACGAGGAGGGGAUCCGAAGUGUCGAGGACUGGAAGGCCCUGGAGAAAUGCCCUCUGAUCGCAAGCAUGGCCCUGCUCGAGCUGCGGCAGGAGCACCUGACGUACGUCGAGAUAGCGGAGAUCUACUCCAGCUUCACAUCGGCAGCGCAAGAUGCUGCGCUGCUUGAGGAGGAGGGCGAGGGAGGGUGUCAGAGAGUGUGCUGCCCCAGAGCUGUCUGCCUGAUCUGA